AUGGAGCAUUACAUGCCAGAGAUUUUCUGGCAUGAUAGGAAGGCCUUGCUAUCCGUAGAUUUUCAUCCUAUAGUUGAUGGCGACUCGUACAGAAUUGUUACAUCUAGUGUGCAAAAAGAGGUGCGAAUCUGGAAAUUUGAAUACGAACAGUGUGUCAAGGUGUCCUCAAAAUUCCAGUUAGCAGUGACUUUCCUUGCUAACCUUUCUGGUCAUAACGUCGCCAUUAACCAAGUGAAGUUCAGUCAAAAUCCUGAAGUAAACUUAUUGGCCUCUGGAGACUCCGACGGUCGUGUAGCGAUUUGGCAGCUAUCCAGCACUCCUAGCUCGGCCCCACCUGUGGAUGACCUACCUCCUAAUAAAGAGAACUGGAUACGCAUGCGGGUCAUAAACCAUGAUAGUGAGGUUACAAGUCUAGCGUGGAGUCCUGAUGGAAAGCUUCUUGCUUCAGUUUCUAAUGACGAAUCUUUGUUUGUUCAUGAUGUUAUGUCAGGAAAACGCUGUGUGUCUCUGCGGAAUUUGCGGCACUUUCCUUGCGGAGUAGCAUGGGAUCCUAAAGGAAAAUACAUAGUAGCAAUGUCUACGGAUCGUAAAAUGGACCUCAUUGAUGCUGUAAAAGGAACCAGGCUGCGAGCUUUUGGCGUUUGUGCAUUACCUGCGGUUGCGAUUGGAGACAUCACUCUUGAGCAUAAGAUAUAUAAACUUUUCCACGACGAUCAGCUAAUGAGCUUCCAGAGAGGUGUGGCGUUCUCACCUUGUGGUCAACUAAUUAUUGCGCCGUGUGCAAAUUUGGAAGUGGGUACACACGAUCUCUUUGGAACUCUUGUUUUCAAGAGGAGUGAAUUAGAAAAUGAUAAGCCACUCGCAUUUCUACCAUGCCCGAAAGCCACCUUUCUCAUUAGAUGUUGUCCGUUAAUUAUGAAGCUAGAGAAGGAAGAGACAAAUUAUUCAGGGUUACCUUACCGAAUUCUGUGGCUGGCACUAACAAAAGAUAGUGUUUAUUUAUAUGACAGUCAGCAUCCGAACCCAAUCGGCCUUGUUGAAAACAUCCAGUAUAACAGCUUAACGGAUGCUGCAUGGAGCUCUGAUGGGAGGAAUAUAGUGAUAUCCUCUCUUGAGGGAUACUGUACGUUUUUGAAACUCACUGUCGAUCAAUGGGGCUGCAAGAUUGGAAAUGAAGAAUUGCCGCAAUGUCCAUCUUCACCGCAGCUGAUCCAGACGAAGAAAAGGAAGGCUAGGGACAAAAAAAUUAAAGAUCUUACAGAAAAUAAAAACGAUGAACUUUGCGGAAGUCCCUCACAGUCACAAAAGACCCCUUUGCGACCCGCUGUCCAACAGCUGACCAGCAUUCCGAGAUCGGGAAGUCUUUUCCGCUAUCUUCAAACAAAAGAAGAGGAAUCACUAGGAUCUUCUCAACCCACGAGUCCAACGACACCUUCAAGGCCGAAAGCUGACAAUACACCGAAAGAAUCAUCAAAAAUGAAGAAGCGAAUCGAAUUGAUAACGUUGCCGGACUAG